AUGGCUUCCCUAAAACCACCCUACACAUUAGAGACCGCGCAGGAAAAGGUCAAAUUCGCGCAGGGCAUGUGGAACACACAAGAUCCAGCAAGAGUUUCCAACGGCUACACACCUGACUGUGUUUGGCGCAACCGCUCGUCCUUCAUCAAGGGGACGGCCGAAAUCAUCGACCUAUUGACCAAGAAAUGGGAGAAGGAAGCGAAUUACAGGCUUCGAAAAGAAUUGUUCGCAUUCACGGAAAACAAGAUUGCCGUCCAGUUUUGGUAUGAAUACCAGGACCGCCACGACGAGAUGAAAUGGAAGCGCUGUUAUGGCCUGGAAGAUUGGACUUUUGAUUACGAAACUGGGAAGAUGAAAAAGAGGCAUAUGAGUGGGAAUGAUAUUGUUUUGGGCAAGAACGGAGAUGGCGUGGCUGUUCCAGAGGAAGGAAUUGAAGGCAGGUGGUAUGUUGACGGGGUAGAUGUGGACGACGAGAGUGUAACCCAGAAGCUCACUGCAGCACAUUUCUAA